AUGGAGCAGAGAGAAAUGGGCAAUCAAACAUCCAUAGCUAAAUUCAUCCUAUUGGGAUUUGGGAACCUCCCUGAAUUGCACAUUCCCCUCUUCCUGCUGUUUCUAGCGAUCUGCUUGGUAACUGUGGCUGGGAAUAUCCUCAUCAUUGUACUGGUUGUGGCUGAUCAGCACCUUCAUACCCCCAUGUACUUCUUCCUGGCAAACUUGUCUUGCUUAGAGACCUUCUGCACCUUAACCAUCCUGCCCAAGAUGCUGGCCAGCUUCCUGACUGAGGUUGGGGCCAUUUCUGUUGGUGGUUGUAUCACACAAUUUUACUGUUUUGCUCUUCUGGCAACUACAGAAUGUUAUCCCUUAGCGUCAAUGUCUUAUGAUCAAUAUUUAGCAAUAUGUAAACCUCUUCACUAUGCAGCCCUCAUGAAUGGUAGGCUCUGCCUUCAGUUGGCAGGUGCAUCUUGGAUGAGUGGGUUUCUGGUAAGUACAAUAUUACUUUUAUUGAUAUCACAAUUGAAAUUCUGCGGUCCCAGUGAAAUAGACCAUUUCUUUUGUGAUUUCACCCCACUAAUUAAUUUGUCCUGCAGUGAUACCAGCUUGGUUACAUGGACCACCUUUGCAUUUGCCUACAUAGACAUCCCUCCUCCAUUUGUAAUAACUGUGGCAUCCUAUAGUUGCAUCAUUUCCACAGUUCUGAGAAUCCCUUCCAGUAAAGGGAGGCAGAAAGCAUUUUCUACCUGUUCCUCUCAUCUCAUGGUUGUUACACUUUUUUAUGGGACCUUAAUUAUUGUUUAUGUGAUACCAAAAAGCAGUGCACUGAGAAACCUAAACAAAGUGUUUUCUGUUUUCUACUCUGUCCUGACUCCCCUAGUCAAUCCCCUUAUCUAUAGCCUGAGAAACAGAGAGGUGAGGAAAGCCCUAAGAAAAGUUGUUAGUAAAUUUGUAAGGUUCAACAGAACAGAAAUGGGAUCAGUAAAAUGA